GAGACCCUUGGCGUCGUCCUCGCGGUGUACGAGCGCGCCGGGGAGCGCAAGCCCCGUCGCCCGAACGGGCCGCCCCGAAGCCGCUACGCGUCCACGUUCAGCGCGUCCACAGUCAACGCUCAGCCUCUCUAGAAAUUUCCUCGAUGCGAAAAACGCGCAUCGCAGCAACGCCGAAAACGCGCCGCGGUAUGACCGAGUGAUCAACAAGUUAGCCAGUUUUCUUUCGCAUCGACCGAACGAAACGAGACCAAAAAAAAUAAUAAUAAUGGUGCGAUUAGUCGUGUUGCAAGUCGUCGCGACGCUGGCGUGCGUGUACGGGUACUCCUGGCCCAACGAGGAGACGACCACUCGCGGUUCGCAAUACAAGGAUUUCCAUUCGGAUCCUUUGGUGGUCGAAACCACCAGCGGUUUGGUGCGCGGUUUCUCCAAGACGGUUCUCGGUCGCGAGGUGCACGGCUUCACCGGCAUCCCCUUCGCCAAACCUCCCAUAGAACAGCUCAGGUUCAAACGGCCGGUACCCAUCGAUCCCUGGCACGGGAUACUGGACGCCAACAAGCGCCCCAACUCCUGCUUCCAGGAGCGCUACGAGUAUUUCCCCGGAUUCGAGGGCGAGGAAAUGUGGAACCCGAACACUAACAUAUCAGAAGAUUGCUUGUAUUUAAACAUAUGGGUGCCGCAACGCUUGAGAAUCCGACACCACGCGGAAAAAACCGUCGAGCGACCGAAAGUACCGAUCCUGGUGUGGAUAUACGGCGGCGGUUACAUGAGCGGUACCGCCACGUUAGACAUCUACGACGGCGAUUUCAUAGCGUCGACCUGCGACGUGAUCGUCGCCUCCAUGCAGUACCGCGUCGGCUCCUUCGGGUUCCUCUACCUCAACAAGUUCUUCCCCAGAGGUAGCGAGGAAACGCCCGGCAACAUGGGCCUGUGGGACCAAAUACUCGCGAUACGAUGGAUCAAAGACAACGCGGCGGCGUUCGGCGGCGAUCCCGAGCUGAUCACGCUGUUCGGCGAAUCCGCCGGCGGCGGUUCGGUCAGCCUGCACCUCAUCAGCCCGGUGACCAAGGGCCUGGCGCGGCGCGGCAUCCUCCAGUCGGGCACCAUGAACGCCCCGUGGAGUUACAUGAGCGGCGAGCGGGCCGAGGAGAUCGGCAAGGUGCUCAUCCAGGAUUGCGGUUGCAACAGCUCUUUGCUCGAGAGCAAUCCGCACGAGGUGAUGGAUUGCAUGCGCGCCGUCGACGCUAAAACCAUUUCGUUGCAACAGUGGAAUUCUUAUUCCGGCAUAUUAGGGUUUCCUUCGAUGCCUACUAUAGACGGGGUAUUGAUGCCUAAACACCCUAUGGAUAUGCUAGCUGAAGGGGAUUACGAGGAUAUGGAAAUAUUAUUAGGAAGUAAUAGAGAUGAAGGAACCUAUUUCCUGCUGUACGAUUUCAUCGAUUUCUUCGAAAAAGACGGUCCGAGUUUCCUGCAACGUGAAAAGUACCACGAAAUCAUCGAUAGAAUAUUCAAGAAUAUGAGCCGAUUAGAGAGGGACGCCAUUAUAUUUCAGUACACCAAUUGGGAGCAAGUGCACGAUGGAUAUUUGAAUCAGAAAAUGAUUGGCGAUGUAGUGGGUGAUUAUUUCUUCAUCUGUCCUACCAAUGAUUUCGCAGGAUUAGCGGCCGAAAGAGGAAUGAAAGUCUACUAUUAUUACUUUACACAUCGAACGAGCACCUCCCUGUGGGGCGAGUGGAUGGGCGUGAUGCAUGGCGAUGAAAUAGAGUACGUAUUCGGCCAUCCGUUGAACCUGUCGCUGCAGUUCAACUCGAGGGAGCGGGAGCUCAGUCUCAAGAUAAUGCAGGUGUUUACGAGAUUCGCCGGAAAUGGAAAACCAGUAACAGACGACGUGAAUUGGCCGUUGUACACCAAAGAUCAACCGCAGUAUUUCAUCUUCAACGCUGAUAAAAAUGGCAUCGGUCGAGGACCGAGAGCGUCGGCUUGCGCUUUCUGGAACGACUUCUUGCCGAAGUUGCGCGAAAAUUCAGGAUCUGCAGAAGCUCCGUGCGUCAACACCUACAUCAGUAACAUGGCCUCGAGCACCGAGAGAGCGGCGACUCUGAGGCCCCAUCUGCUGCUGCCGCUGCUGGUGUGGAUGCUGGAAUCGUCGAGGGCGCCGUAAAGGGCGCGCGACGCGGCGCCGAAUUAGAGUAUCACGUAGUAGAAAGAGCUUGGGACACAUGUAUUUUUUAACGAGGACAAAACAAGUAACGGAUUUUAUAUACGAGGAUGUAUGGAUGUGAUUGUAUACGCAUAGAUUGAAUUAACGCGAGCGAUGCGAGCAUGAAUCUGGACUGGAAAAUUUCUUUUCUCGAGUUUAGGUAAUGGGUUUAGUUUAGUCAUUGUGUUUAAUUUCUAGGAGCAGGAUAGCUCGGUUCGUUAGAAGCCCGAAUUCCCUUUGGAGUUUUGGCGUACAAGGGAAUUCCAUUAAGGUGUUUAUUCAAUUGAAUGAUGAAUUAUAAAAUUGUUAAUAUUCCUGCGAAAGAGCUGAUAUACGCUGAUUAUAAAUGGAUUCUGUGGACGGCAAAUUUUCUAUAAUUAACAGCGAACUGAGUUAUUCCCGAUGCUUAAUAGUACUGUGAAUGUGUUGGAGAUUCCAUUCCAAUCUCAUUCAUUUGUGGUGUCAAGAUUUCAAAACAUUACCUUUUUCCAAAAUUGGAGAAAUCUUUUUGAAAGUUUACACCCUUCGAUAAAAUACACAAACUUGAAAUUGGUAUAAGUAGGGUGUUUCGAUUUUGACCUUACAAAUUAUCGAAUUGAAAUCCAUUUUAAUUCAAUUUGUAUAUUGAAAUUCUUUACUUUUCUACGGCAGUAUUAGAUAAAUCAUCCACGUGUAUGAGAUUGAAUUAAAUAUUCUGAGUGUUGCAGGAAAUAACGUUUUUAAUUCAUAUUGAAUUAUUUUGAAAAACUACUUGUCUACUUAUCGUCCAUUAUCUUUAACGAUCCUCCGUCGUUCAGCAAAUAAAUUUAUUAAUUGAAAUAAUUAUGUUUAAUGCAAAAAUUACGUUUAUUAAUCUUCAUAGACGUCCUUGGUUUGAGCGGAUAUAGCUGACCGUACAAAGUAAUUGCAUUAUUUCAAUUGAAAAUUAUACAUGAGCUCUAUUUUACCGGCAAGUGCAAGAUACUCUCUUUUAAUAAAUUCGCAGAAAAGUAAAUUUUUUGCUAUAUAAAUUUAGGAUCUAAAGUUUGAUGAGGGCUUAAAUUUACGUGUAUGGUCGGCGAUUUAUUACUUUCGAUAAUAAUUUUAAUGCGAAAUCGAAUAAAAUAAAAGUGAAAGGCGCGUCUUUAACAGUGAUUUCUGGUUUGUCGUUUAAUAUCAAUUAAUUUGAUACGCUAUAAAUGAAGUAAUUCCUGUUUACUUAACGGAUAUAUUUAUCAUAUUUUUAUGACAUUUCGAAGUAAUCAUAAUUCUGUUUAUUGCCAUCUUUUCUUGUGAUUUAAUUAUUAAAAAUACCCAAGUUUCAUUGGAUUAUUUUAUUGGAAUCUUAAUAAUUCCUCUGCGCAAUUAUUACUAUUAUAAUAUUUCUCACUCAGUUUUAUGGUUCUCGUAAUCAAAACAUAAACUUAAUUUUUUGUAAUAUCCAGAAUUACCUGGUAUAAAAUUUGGUUUUCAUUUGAGUUUCUCUUUGAAAAGUCAACUGCAAAUACGUUGGACGUAAAAGUGGCAUUAGGCGAAAUUAUCCCGUGCAUAAUUAAUUCGAAAUCAAUUCUCGAGCGUAUUCGCUUUAAUGAAUUAUCCUGCGAGAUUUCCUGCUAGCAGGCGAACAAGAAAAAGUCCGUUUUUCCCAUUUAAACCGUCGAUCGGCUAACCUUCUCUAAUGGAUUUGGUCCUAAGCCUAAUCGGCUCAACGUUUUUACGGGCCCUUGCGAUGUGUGUGUGGCCGUGUGUACGUGCGGUCGAGUCCUUUCCACUUGUUAAAUGGCCCUUCGAUGUCCCAUUUUAGACUUUAAUUUUGAAUUAUUUAAAAGGUUGACUCGCCGGUGCUGCCGCCUAAGGAUUUUCAUUGGAGAAAUUUCCGAAAAGGCCCCCAAACACGUAAUAAUUUAUGUACCUUCAUGAUAGUGUAUUAUUCAACUCACACUUAAUAAGGGCGUUAUAUUUAAAUACACAACACGAGCCGUAGACGAGUAACUGCUGCGAUUAAAAAUUUAAUGACGAUUAAUGGACGUCAACUGAUGAAAUGUGAGGUGCAAAAUCGAGUCGAUGAAAUCAGUGGGCAUAUUUGACUUGGUAUAAAUUUGAAGAUAAACUAACUGGAAAGUGCAAUCAAUAUUUAUACAGAGUCAUAGACAAUCAUAUUUAACGAUCUUACUAAUAUUUAUGGAGAGUAUCGAUAGAACAAAAAUAAAACAAAUAACUAUUCUUAUGUUUAGAUGUAAGUAGGAACGACUGUGCUACAUUAUUCGCGUACGCUUUUUAGACGAUGAGAAAUAAUAUAUGAAUUAUAUAAAAUUAUUUUAAACCUGAUACCCGUUUCAUGAAUUGUUAUACCAUUAUAAUUAUUAUUAUAAUCAAUAAUGACGGUUCGGAUUUGCGUACUUUUGCCACCGCAUUUUCGCCUCAAAAUCCAUCAUGAAUAAGGUAUUAGGUAAAAUAUUAUUACAAAACAAAACAUGGUGAUAUAUUAAAGCAUACAUAUCAUUAAUUUACGUGAGCCAAAACUAUAGGGUUGUAAAUAUAUGGUAUUUUUCGUUAGGUGUAUUGAUGAUAAAUUCGAUUCGUUGAUGUAAAUUAAUCAAAACAACACUCAAUUAUAAAUGUUACAUUUAUUUACACUGACGAUUGAAAUUGAAAACUAUAGUACAUGUUCGCUUAUUGUAGACUUCUUUUAUCGGACGCAAGUGUUUUUUCGUGCUAGUGUAUGUAAAUUACUGUCCAACACGCUUAUAGUCAAUUCGUCGAACAAUAAGUCUCUAGUGUGUUUUCCCUUCCUAAUGCAAUUUUAGAAAUAUUCUUUGGAAAAAUAUUCUUCACUUAACUUUUCUCCUAGAGUCAUUGAAAACUUCGAUUCAAUAAAAGAGAAUUCACAAUAUUUCUCCAAAUAAUAUGAUCUUAAAUGAAAUUUUCGUCGCUCUAGCAGACAUGAAAACCCCGAAUCUUAGCACGAUCUCUAAAAGUAGGCCCUCUACUGGCCAAAAAAUCAAGGAAUCUUUUAGCCGUAAGAGCCGCAUAAAUCAGUUCAAAAAUACCAAAAAAUAUAAGAUAUAUUAUACAUAUAUGUGGUAGCGCUUUUGCCACCCUAUUAUUCUUAUGCCUGUUACAUAUACUAUUAGUAUGGAGCAAACACUUCAAAACUGUCGAUGUCGAUUGGAAACGACUGAAUUUCCAUUCGAGUAGGCGCUUUAUUUAAUGAGUUAAUGCAGGAUCAGUCUGAUUGAAAUAUUCAGGAAAUGCUGAAUUUAUUCGUGAUGAUGAUAUACUAUUCGAAGGUGGAAGAAUUAAAACGAGCUUUAUCGAGUUUCACCCACCUAACACCCACGGUUUUGAAUAAAUAUUCGAACUGUACCGCUUGGUUUUUUAAUUGCCUUAAUGAACGAACGUUUGGAAAAAAUAUUGUAUUAAAAAAAUUGCAACAGGGUGUAUGAAUUUCUCCAGCACUACAAAAAUUAUCUACUUACUCGAAAGUGACUCAAGGAGUGUUUGCUCUUAUUUUUAGAAUAGUGCCUAAUAUAAAAUCUAUUAGACUUUUUAAACUUUUAUAGCGUGUAUACCUUUUUUCCUGUACAUGAAAAAAAAGAAGAAAACCAACAAAAAAGCUUUAUACGUAUCUAAGGAUCGAGCGAUAAAAAAAAAAACAUAUCAUUCCGAAGACAUAUCAAUUUUAUAUUAAGGGUUAAUACUUCGCAGACAUAUCAGAUAUACUGUAGGGAAAAGUAUCUAAGCAAAUUAAGUAAACGCGUCGGCUGACAUUUUCUUACAGGGUGAUUUCGACGGUAAUUUUCUAUAGGGAAUCGUUUCAAAAACUGCGCAAUUUCAUGACAUUUCCCCGGUAAAUGGAGCGUUUUGGCUUCGUUACAUUCGCAGGAUUAACUGUCCUGGAUGUUGAGUGUUAAAUACUAUAUUCUGUCGGUGUUAAGCUUGGAAAAAAAUUAAAGACAGCUGUUAUAUGUUAACUGUUAAAGAUAUCGUCUAGAUAAAUUUAUUUUAGAGCAGUAAACACGGUCUGUAGGGCAAGUAGUCGAUUCGGCCUUGAAAAUAUUCUAGUUUUAAUCAAAGUUACAUUACUAAUUCGAAAAUAAUUUCCAUAACCAAUUUGAAGAUGAAAAUUAUACUGAACUACUCCGUCAUAUAAGUAAAUCAAUACAAUAACAAUUAUAAUAAAUACAUAAAAUGUGACAAAAAAAAACAAAUUAAAUUUAAAAAUCGUUAUAUAACAUUUCCGGAUUAUUUACGAUUCAUUAAAAAAUUAUUUAACGCUAUUAUGCAAAUUCGGGUAACGAAAUUUUUUCGAAUUAGUUGUUUUUAAAAUAGAAUAUAAUGUGGUUAUAGUAGAGUGCCAAUCGUUGUGAAAAUGUUCGCUUUCUUAUUAGUAAGGUGGCUUAGGGCACAUUUUUUAAUAAUGCACGUCGUUUAUACGAGGUGUAGGUAAAUGCAAAAUAGAUGGAGGAGAAUUCGCUUUUCAAUAGUAAACCGCCUUACUGAUAAAUUAUACAUAUCUAUAUGAAACUGCACACAUAUCAUGUAAAUGUGACUUCAGCUGUCCAGUCCAAUAACUAGUAUAAAUAUAUUGUAAAAAAAAGCAUAAAAAAAUAUUUGAUACUUAUACAUAUUUCUGAAAUGUAUUUUUUAAAUAUGUACAUUUUAGAGAACUG